AUGGCGCUCGUUCAUGACCAUCUCAAUGAGCCUUACAUUUCUAAACCAAAUUCUUCAGAAGAUCUCUCCUCGCCAGAGAAUUACAGAUUGGAUCAGACGGAGGUAGCUUAUGCAGGCGGCGAAGGAGGAGGUUCAGCUUCAAGCAGUAGCACCAUGAACUCUGACCAUCAACAGAAUCAAGGAUUUCUGUUUUACCCUUCAAGCGAAACCAAUGAAGAUCAUAACUCUUUGAUGGAUUUCAACACUUCUUCAUUCCUUAGUUUCGAUCAUCACCGAAGCUUUAUCCCUCCAGCAUCUGUCUUGGACGGGAACAUGAGCUACGACUACACAGGCUGGAGUCAUAGUCAGUUCGAUAGUAUUAGCCCUAGAGUCAUGAAAACUCCAAAUUGCUUGGAAACAACGGGUAUUUUCGGAUUGCCUAAACCGGCAACAAACCAUGGAAAAGGAGAUUGGUUAUAUUCUGAUUCAACCAUUGUAAACACUGGUUCAAGGCACGAGUGUGCGAACCCUAAAUCAGCUGGAAAUAAACGUCCUUGCACGGGAGAGAACACUCAACCUUCCAAGAAGCCGAGUAACGGUAUGAAUGGGAAGGCCAAGAAGGCAACAACUUCACCUAAAGAUCCACAAAGCCUAGCAGCCAAGAACCGAAGAGAAAGGAUAAGCGAACGCCUCAAAGUAUUGCAAGAACUUGUACCCAAUGGCACCAAGGUUGAUUUGGUGACGAUGCUUGAGAAAGCAAUAGGCUAUGUCAAAUUUCUUCAACUACAAGUUAAGGUACUUGCGGCCGAUGAGUUUUGGCCGGCACAAGGAGGAAAAGCUCCGGACAUUUCUCAGGUUAAAGAAGCCAUUGAUGUAAUCCUCUCAUCAUCACAACGAGAUAGGAACUCAAACUAG